ACUCGGCAAUCUUCAAGGGGCGCGUGGAACCGGCGACGGACAAGCAGCAAGGCAACGGUGUGCAGAAGAGCUCUAUGAACGCGCACGUCUAAGCCCAAGCAAGAAUGAGAGACGACGAUAUACAGCUGCGCCCUUCCUUAUCGCCUCGCCGCCCGCGCGGAGCCAUCACCGACAACCAAGGGGACGAUGGCCACAUCACGUCGCCACCGUCGUCAAUUGCCGCCCUCGACGAGAAGCAGCCGCAUGAGCGACUACGCCUCGGCCGCAUCCGAGAAGCGCCCAGAGGCGCCACGCAUGCCAUCACGCCCAAGGCGCCGACCCGCCCGCGCGGCAACUCGCUCGACAGCGCCAAGCCCGAACUCGACGACGAGAACGACGACGAUGCGCCGUCCAUCGUCGCCCAUGAGCGGCAGCGGUACGGUCGUCCAUUGCGCUUGUCAGGCGAGAAGGCAGUGCCCGCGCUCACUGCGUCGCUCUCACCACUGGCGCUUCUCUCGCCGUUUACGACCAAGCUCGACUUGCAGCUCUCCAAGUCGCCGGUGUUUCGCAAGGCGACGUCAUUGCCGUGGCACCGGUCGCGCAUCGAGUGGAAGAAGGGCGAGCUCAUCGGCGAGGGCACGUUUGGCAAGGUCUAUAAAGGCCUCAACUGCAAGACGGGCGAGCUCUUUGCGGUCAAAGCCAUCGAUCUCGGUAUCGGGACCGAUGACGACGACGACAAGAAAAAAUUGGCCAAACUCGGCGAAGAGAUCGCCGUCAUGAAGGAGCUACAGCACGUGCACAUUGUGCGCUAUCAAGGCACGGACCGCGACGACUUGCAUUUCUACAUCUUUAUGGAGUACGUCCCGAACGGAUCGAUCGCAAGCAUGUUGGCGCAGUUUGGGGUCUUUGGUGUCGAAAUGAUCCAGAAAUUCACGCGCCAAAUCCUCGAGGGGGUCGCGUACCUCCACAGCAAAGGCAUCAUCCACCGCGACAUCAAAGGGGCCAAUGUCUUGGUCAAUGAGCAUGGACAAGCCAAGCUCGCCGACUUUGGCUGCUCCAAGCAAGUGCCAUCCACGACGACGACCGACAGCUUGGAGGAGAGCUUGCGGUCGAUCCGCGGGUCGGUGCCAUGGAUGGCGCCCGAAGUGGUUCAGCAAACGGGCCACGACUGCAAGGCCGACAUCUGGAGCGUCGGUGCGACCGUGCUCGAGAUGGCCACCGCGCACCACCCGUGGCCCGCGAAUACGAACCACUUGUCGGUCAUGUACCACUUGGCGGUCAAGCCGUCGAGUCCGCCGAUUCCUGCCGACUUGCCGCCACUGGCCAAAGCGUUUUUGGCGCGCUGCUUUUGCAUCGACGCGCGGGAGCGCGCGACAGCGAUCGAGCUGCUCGCCCAUCCGUUCUUGCGCUGAGAUGGCAUUCAAGGUUGCCACAGACUGCGCAGACGAUAUUUAACAGUGGUCGUCCGUAAAAAUUAGUUCAUACACAAGUAGUACGUGGA